AUGCUGUCCGCCUCUGCAAACACCUUGCACCCAGCCUUCUUCAAUCGCACGCCAGACCGCGUCCUCACAUCAACAUCCUCCAUCCCCGAAGACAGACAACUCUCGCGCGAGCAGCUGCGCGUAUGGUCAUAUCAGGAGCCUCCACUCGCUGUCGGCCAGUACACCUUGAGCGUGUCGCAGAAAAUCGAAGUCUUCGACAACAAUCUCAACCAAAACGUCUCCAAAGACCUCGACUCUCCUGACACGCAGCUGCGGGUGUCGAGUCCCAGAUUCCAGCUGCCUGAUCCUCAAGUGGACAUUCACAGCGUAUAUCCGGCUCCGGGACACAGUGACCAUGCACAGACUCUGGCUCACGUUGUCUUUCGUCGUUGUACGACGCCGUGGGAGAGGCUCCUUCUCAACGACAAGGGAGACAAGGAUAACUGUGGCAUGAACAAUAACCGAAUGCCGUGGCUGGGAGUCCUGAGCUUUACGGAGGAUGAGCUUGUGCUUGAUGAGGCGAAAUGCCAGGCUGCUGGCUUUAUCGACGAAGCUUCACGGCCAUCCAGUCAAGGAACCAUCACAACAACUGCCGGACAUCUGGAAACCCUCACAGGAGUGGUUUCACCACUCAGCGGCAAUGCUGGUUUAUCUAAUGACGACAAGGGCUACACAGCCAGAGACAAAGCCAAUGUUUUGCUCAUGGCCAGACCUCUGUUCCAACAGCUUUUUGCGAGCUACAACAAGUCCGGAGAGUCCCCCUUCAAGCCCGACUUGACCCGCUUCUCUCGCAUGGCGCAUGUGCGAGAAACGCAUGCUGGCUUCAUGGCCAGCACAGUCAAUCUCAUGAGCGACAGUGGCGCCGGCCCAAAUCCGCAGCCUCAGUACUCUGUCGUCGUCAGUCCCAGGACUGGCCCGCCCGGAGAAGAUAAGCCACGCCGAGUGAUUUCUCAUCUCAUCUCUCUAGAGGGCAUAUCCAGGAUGACGAGCGACUUGCAGCCUCAAGCAGAGUAUGCAGCGUUGAUAUCGUUGCACAGCUGGGACUGGAUGUGUGUCCCAAAUGACCAUGUCGAUUUCAGGAGUACCAUGGCAGGCUUGGGUAACAAUGUGCACCCAUUGCGCAUUGAUAUACCGAAAGAUUAUAAGAAGCAGCUGGAUGAGGCCGAAGAGAAGUUUAAGUCGACCAUAGGAGAUGACAAGCCCACGACUGCAGAAGAUAAGUCUCAACAUACGGGCAUCUCCCCUGAACCAGAACACGGUCCCAGUACAAUAAUCGGACAAGAAAAAACCGAGAAGAAUCCAAUGGCCGACUGGUUGUGGCAGAAAACGCAUGCCGGCUACACUAUGAAGCCUCAUACACUCGCCACCGGCGAAAUAACCAGGUGCCUGUUACGCGGCCCGUUCAUCCCCGUUCCACCGGCACGAGACUCGAUCAACUGCUUCUCAGCCACAGGAGAUGACCUGGUCUUAAUCGAUAAUGAGACGGGUCUCGAGGAUGUAUCGUAUAAAGUCGCAUGGCACCUAGGCCGCGCCCUUGCCACCGGCGACCGCUCGCUCAUGGCAGCGCUGCUCCGUUUCCGCGGUCACGUCCAUGCCGAGGCCGUCAAGCGCCUCAAAGCCCGGAAAGCCGUCGCUGAAACCCUGAAGGCUGGUAGCAACGGCAGCGACCCUGCAAACGGCGUCUUCACAAUGGCGGCAGCCUUCGCAUCCCUCGACGACUCACUUAGUCAACUUGAGAAGGCAAGCGAUAUGAGUGUACUGGGCCAACUCGGCGGCCAGUCACGCUGGCUCCGCACGGACGACGAAAAGAAAGACAGUCUUGUAUCGCGGCUAUCGCUUGCGAGUGCGCCGCUGAAGCUAGACGGAGACGACUAUGCGGAAGAGCUCAGAGCGGUCGUAAACGCCUUCUUUAGCUAUCCGCCAGAAGAGUCAGACGCAAAGUCAGACAUCCCCCCUAUUGCCCAGAGAGACAUCGACCCCGACGCUGUCCUGAUUCGGGCUUGGGCGGUGGACAAGCUGUACCUCGCCGGCGUGCCGUUGCAUAACCUCCUCCCCGACCCGGACAUGCUUCCGCGUGAGUCGAUACGCACAUUCUGCGUAGACCCCAAGUGGCUCGACGCCGCCAUCGACGGCGGGCUCAGCACGGCCAACCAUUUUGCCAACGGCGACGACGUAGUUCGACAGGCCAUCAAGAGAUGCCUCAACCGCUACAUGGGCGAAGUGAGAACUCACGGCCCCGGCAAGGGAACGACGCUGCAGCUGCCGAAAUGGGGCUUCUUGCUCCGCAGCGUAGCCGUCACUGCGUUUCCCGAUCUCAAGGUGGAGGCUCAGUUUGGCAAGUCUGUUCCCGAUGGCAUUCGUGAGGUGCUCUAUAUGCAAGUCCUUGCGGAUGACAUCUUGCUCUGUUUGUUCGACCGCAUGCCGGGCGACAACGACUUCAAGGAGAUUCGCAUUUCGCAGCCAUCCCAUCAGCAGACCUUUGCUGCAGGAUCCAAGCUCACAGACAAGUUUCUGAACGGCUGGUUCCGUCCAAUUCCGCGAGUAUCGCUGUCUUCUGUGCCAGAAGACGAGCAGAAAAAAGUACAGCAAAUGCUUGUUCCCAUUGAGAGGAAUUGUGAGUCAGGCCAGGAUAGCGAACCUGUGUAUGACUGGGACGUAAGGAUGAUUCGACCGGAUACCCUGUCGAAGAAAUACGUCGCGGCUGUGGCUGGACCAGAGCGAGACGAGACCAAAGUGUGGAAGUGGACAGGGGCACCAGAUGAUGUGCCAUCAGCAGUUCUGGCACUGCAACUGGGUGCUGCAAACUUGCAGCUGACUCUCCCUCUAGGCAAAGGUGAUCAGCUUUCGGGAGAUGACGGAAAUGAUGACAAUCGAUGGACAACGCCUGGAGUCCAACUGGAUGCUGAACCACGGGUAAAGGCCUUGACUACCAGUAUUCGCAAGCCAGCCUCAGCAUCGGUGGUCCGGACGGCGGUCAAACAACGCCAGAAGACAGCAGUCGGCAACCUAGAAUGGGUUCCGCUGCCAACGAAUGCUUCUUCUUCCAUGACAACAAAAACAUUGGCUGUAGCCUCGGAGCAAGCGCUGCCCCAGCACAAGAUCACAGCACAGGGCUUGCAGCACCAAGACACCAAUAUGGUCAUAUUACCGCACGUUCCUUACGACGAAAAGACCACGUGGUGCCCAUGGCCAAGUAAGGCGGCCUGUUUCUCCCUGUUUGAUGCGGACCUGCAUAACGAGACAAGCCCGGACUGGAAGGCGGGUAGCAGCACGGUCGUCGCCCUUCGCGGGCCAACGGACGUGGUAUUUGCAUUACGGCAAUCUCCAAGAGACUCUGAUGCUGGAGGCAAGUAUCCAGAGCGCCUGGAGGUUCGCAUUCCCGUGGUGCUUUCUCAAGAACGAACCACAAGUGGCGGCAGUGAGGAGUUCAAGCCCCUCCUCAUCAUACCCGGCACAGCAGAAGCACCCGUGCUCCCCAAGGUGGAGGGACUCAAUGGUAGUGGCUUGUGGUCAUACAAGACAAGCCUGGUAGUCGGAUCUCUAUUCUACCCCCCGAGAGAUGGCGCGAACAAGGGAGAUGCGCUGCAGGCAUACCCCGACAAAUGUCUUUUGCUCGUCAUCACGGCCCAGCCGCGUUUCGGGAAAGGUCGGAUGAAGGACGCCCUCUUUGACGGGUCGUUUAUGCUGCACCAGGCGAGAGUCGUUCAGCCCGCUUAUGCCACCCCUUACGUGACGCAGUUUGACAUAUCGUGGGAGAAGAACGUGGUCUACCCUCGACAAGUCAUCGUUGAGCGAGGCAUCAUGCUCAAGAUAGGUGAUCCAUCAUACCUUGAGAUCUUCAAUAGGGAAAAAGUGUGCUUGAACCUUACCGUGCACACAUCGACCGUCUUGGGACCAACCGACAAGGUCUUUUGGGAAGCAGAGAUGCGCACCACCACUGAGCAGCUGUCUAUGACCUUUGCUCUGUCGCCUGGCGAUCUAUGUCAGUUAACAACGGCCAAUCAGAAGCAUGACUAUAAUUUCCAGGAGUGGACGAGCAAAGGCCCAGUAACCGUGCGGCUGUAUGCAGAGUCAGCCUCCGGGAGGCGGUUGGGGCCAAAGACGCCUCCCAUGUCCUUUCCUCGAACAUCUCUCCCAGACUAUCCUGGCCCGAUCAUGUUCACCUUUUCAUACGCAGGUAUUUACGCCACGUGGAAGACGCCUCCCAAUCUGCCCGAGUUCAGCGGCACUGACAAGCCGUGCAAGGUCCGUUUCAGCAUUGGACAGGGCUCUCCCGUUGAGGUAGAUAUCGAAGCCAACAAGGCAUUUCUGGAAAGAGACGUUCAUCUUUUAGCAUCCGACUUUGCACCGGAGAAGACAGUCCACAUUGUUCAUCAGCUGAGGAUCGAAUCCAAGCGAGUCAAGGGUUGUGUGGAGGAACGUGUGAAUGACUUUGCAUUGUUGCAUCUCAGCACCAAGGUCCAAUCUAACGUCCUCGCUCCUUUUAAUCUCUCCGAAGCGCUGCCUGUUCACCCACGCAGCCAGUUUGUAACGUGGGCAAAGACCAGCGAGAUCUGGUAUGUCGCAGACGACCAUUCGAUCGUUGGUGCCCGUUGUCGACGCAAACCACAGGAGAACGCAACUCUCCCUUAUCCUUAUAUCGUGCAGCUUAAUACGGAUCAAGGAGAGGCCAAGUCAGUGGGCACAUUAGCCAUGUUCCCCCAAGAUACUUCGCUCUCAAAGCAUACAAUUGCCUGGGUCCAGUCGGACGGUAGACUCAAUGGGCUCGAGCGAACCGUGUCGGACGUUAAGGACAAACCAAAUCAUAGCUGGAGUCCGGUAUCUUCCUUGUACGGGAUGGGAUAUUAUAAUGGCGGACCGCUCACCAGCUGGCCGGAGCUUUGGACUGACGUAGUCCACAGCUUGGGGGCAAUGGCCUUUACCCGCACAUAUGACAAUAUGUUGCACAUGCUCUGGGCAGGACCAAAGGGUGACCUGCGCAUGACAUUCAGUGAAUUCGGCAGUCCAUGGGGAGGCACGCCCGCGUGGCCCUUCACAGCGAUCCCCAUUGCCGGCCACACCCCCAACGUUGUCAUGGGCGAGGGCGAAGUCGCCGUGGACGUGUACAAGGCCAUCUUCGCCUCGGGACAUCACGGAGCCUGCCCACAGUAUUUCUUUUGGGUGACCAGGGGCGGAGGCAUCAAAUGGAUGAAGUUCUUCCACACCACUUCGCCCAAGAGCCUCUCCGGCUUUUCCAUCUCCAGGCCUCCCGACGACUUUGUAGAGCCAGAGAUUCUGGAAGCGACGGAUGACGCGCGCAUUGCCGAUGGCGGCGGCAGCAACUCCGGCUGUGGCCCGGUCACCCUGGCGACGAGGUUUGCUGGGCAGCGGCGGUUCUUCAUCUUCUGGGUCGACGGUCAGGAAGGCCGCAUCUGGGGCAAGUCCGCUGAAGUCGACGAUCUCUUGGGGCUGAGGCACUGGACGUAUCACAAGUUCUGCGUCACUCCAAAUGGCCCUGCUUGGCCUACGCCUCCGGCCCAUCCGACAGCCUCGCGGCUUACCGUCAUUGCCAAGGACCAGGACAGCUUCGGCCCGGAAGGCCUUGUUAGCGCUGAGCAGAGAGACGGUGGCCAUGGCGUCUAUCUCCUCUGGUUCGAUCAGGAGGGUCGUUUGCGGGCUGCGCGGACCACGGAUGAUCACAGUUACAAGGAGUGGGUUGAGUGCAUGCUUCCGGACGAUGUAGUGAGGGACGUACGGACUUAUCCACCGUCAAAGGAGAGUGGGAGCGCGAGGAAGAUGGAGGUGGUUGUGCUACGAUCGACAGAUGGGGAUGCUCCGAACGCGAACGUGUAUGACUUGUUAUGGGUGGACAAGGAUGGCCAUCUGAAGGACAUUGGUGUUGAGAUACAAAGUGCAUGGAGCCAAUGA